UUGAUGCUUUUGUACACUUGGCUGCUGGUGAAAUGUCCCACUAUUUAGGACUAACCUUCAUUGUCAUUGAGUUAAUUUAGUGCUCUUGCAGAUAGAGGAGAACAACUUAUGUGCCUGCCUUUGAAAAUUGUAGCCAGAUUCUUGAUAGUGAAAGUUAUCAAGGUACACCAGUAGUAUAGAUGCAAAACAAAAAAAUUUGAGCAGCAUGCAUUGUACCAAGGUAAAUGACCUAAUACCAAUCUGACUAGGCCUGCAUUGCAAUACCUUGUCUCUCAUUUAUGAUUUAUUUUAUUUGUUAAUUGUUAACUGUUUCCAGCAGUGCUGUUUCCUGAUUGGGCAUAUAAGCCAGCCUGGUCUCAAGGUUCUCGGCAAGUCCAGCUGUGGCAUUUCCUGUUGGAGUUGUUAGGACGGGGUGAGAGUGCAGUUAUCACAUGGGGUGGUGAAUGGGGAGAGUUUGUUAUCCAAGACCCUGAGCGACUGGCUAAGCUAUGGGGAGAGAGGAAGGGAAAGCUGCAUAUGAACUAUGACAAACUGAGCAGAGCACUGAGAUAUUACUACAAUAAGCGGAUACUUCAUAAGACCAAAGGAAAACGAUUCACGUAUAAAUUUAACUUCAGUAAAUUGAUUUUGGUUAAUUAUCCCAGUCUGGCUACCCAUCGGUCUGGAAACUCUCUACCAUUCUCUCAUUUUUUUUCUGAUGGAUCACAUUACAGCCCACCUGUGAACAGAGCUCAACCAUCAGUCUCACAUCCUUUGCUGCUCCCCUACUGCUUCCCAAAGUCACUCCUAUUUUCUGAGCCCAAUCUAAACCAGCAACAAUUUCCUUUCUUUUCUGCCCUGCCUACUUCAGCAGCACAUAUAUCAGAGUUCUUAUGCCUGCCACCAUUCAACUCAUCCUUACACCAUGGCCAAAACUUAACGAGUUGGCCAACAAAGAAUAGUGCAGAGUGGUCUUUUAACCGAGUCCCAGAACCAAGCCAGAUGGAUAACAGAGAAGGACAAGAGCAAAAGAUGUAAGAAAGAAAGAGACGGAGGACCAACUACUUAAAACCCCAAUCAGGAAUCACAACAGGCCAGUUGUUGUUUCGCAACAAAUGUGUUAAAGCAACAACAAACAACCGACUUAAAUAUACAAUAUUAACACUUACAGCUAGUUUACUUAAUGAAUUCUGUAUUCUGUAAGUAUACCUUACCAUGGUGAGUCUUGCCCUGGUGCUGUUUAUGCUAUUCUUGAUUGAGUGGAUACUGUUUGUUUCUUUAUUCAUUCAUAAAUUGUGUAUUAGAUGAAACAAUCAUUUUAAGACUGUAACACAAGAUUAAUGUAUUUUUGUGUGUAAAUAUGAGCUACAUGUAGAUCCAUUAGUCUAAUGCAUUUUCAAUAAAAAAUAUAGACUUUAACAUGGAUGUUUAUGUUUUAUGGACACAGGA